AAGUUUUUUUUAGUGCGAGGCCAUUUUUAUUUUUAACAAAUACAUCGCACGAUAUGCUGUGGUGGAAAAUUUUUAUCCGACACUUUGCUUUAUUGCAAAGCUUAAUUACUGUGCCAAUAUUUUUCGCGUCGACGAAUAUCGAGGCUGCUCCAAUUGCUGAUCUUGACACUGCGAAUUCAACCGCAGAGUUGAAAAUCGUGGGCGAGUGUCUACCGUUGGGUGAAAUAGCGAAAUUAGAGAAAUACCUUGCGGAAAAAAAUGAUGAUCCGCAAUCGAAUACCGGAUUUCCGGUUAUAAACGCUGCUGGUUUUACCAGCGAAGAUUUCGCGAGGGUGGAAUAUAACAGUUCGGAAUUAUCGCCAUUCGGCAACGAUCAAGCGGACUGGAAGAGACUCAAAAUGCUUCACGAUCUCCUUCGGCGCCCUCAGGACGAAAUUUUGAAAUCCAACUUCCAAACGGUUUACAAGUUCUUGGUUAUUGCUUACGAACAUCUGCAAAGUGGUAAAAAAAUUACGGAAAACAGUCACGUGAAAGAUCGAAGUGGCAGAGAAAAUUCAAGUCUCGAGGAUGGAGGCGACAAAGAUGGAGAUAAAAGGGUUUUUCACACCUCGUCAACCUCGUCGACGUCUGACGGACUCUCGCUUCGACUUUAUCGCUCUACUAUCAUACAGAGUAAAAUAAACUACGAUGAAAACUACGACGCAGAAUCGCUUGACGAUCUUUUUGAAACGACCAGCGUUGCGGCGUCGAAAUUGGAAGAAGGAAAAACGACUUUGUCUACUACGGAAUGGAAAAAGAUGGAAUCUAAUUCUGUGACCACUGAAAUGACGCGGGAUUUUGGUGCCACUGGUGACUUCCGGUCGAUAUUGCCCAUCCAUGAGGAACAAGUUCAACAAGUUUCUACCACGACACUGAAAAAUUUGGAUACAAUUUUUGAUGGAUCAACCCGGACGAAAGUUACCACGCAGAAUGAUUUUGGAGCCGGAAUUUCUAUCACGGAUAAUAAUUUCGUGGCGGAAAUAACGACUGUUGAGAAUAAUAUAGAAAUUGGAAGUACAGCGAUGAGUGAUAUUGAAAAUGAAGCUUACAGUACGGAGGAUAAUACUGGAGCUGUGAUUACGAAUCGAGUUAAUUCCCAAUCUGAAACCACUCGGAAGAGUAUUUUUGAAACAAGUAUCACAAUCGAAAAUGAUCCUGAAACAGAAAUUCAAUCAACGAAGAAUAAUUCUGGGUUUCAAAAUACGACUCAUGUUAAUUCCGAAUUUGGAGACAUAACGGAGAAUUUUUCCGAGCCUGAAAUCACGACUGAGAUUAAUUACGAUUCGAGUAUUUAUGGGGCGAUUGGUAGCUCGGAAUCUGGAAUUGAUUACAAUAAUACCGAAACGAAAAUCACUACUACAGAAAAUAAUUUUUCAACGCAAACGACGAUCAUGAUGAAUAAUUUUGAAACGAAAAUCACUACUGAAAAAAAUAAUAUUCGAAUAUCGACAGCUGCGAUGAAUAAUUCUGAUGCAAAAUUGACGACCAGUGAAAGCGGUGUAAAUGCUGAAACGAAAAUCACAACUCUAAGGAACGAUGUCGAAAGAGAAAUUUCGAGCAAAGAUAACAAUUUUGAAACUGGAAUCGAGGAUUUUGAAACGGAAAAAAUCUUGCCGUCGACAGAGUUUUCAACUGUAUCACAGCCCUCGGAGGAAAUCAACGGUAAUCCAGACGAUUAUCGAAUAAUCUCGGAUAGGAUCCAGGAAUCGUUAGAGUCGACGACAGUUUCGAGUCUCCACGUUGCAGGAACCAGCGAUAUUCCUUACAGCAUCACAAGUGUGGAAAAUCCCUCAGACACCGAGUCGGUCACGAAACCGGAAGAAGGCGAUAAAAUUGCAGGAAAUUUUGGCGACCAAGAAGCUGAACCUUCAUUUGACUCCCAAACUACGACGACGAUCUUUCAUCCCUCUUCGACUGAUCCUGAAAUUCUGGUUGGGGAAGCGAAGAAGACGCAGGUGAUACUGGAAAUCGGCGACACGUUAUCGCCCUACAACGGUAUAACCAAGUCUACUGAAGUGGGUCUGGUGAAAAUACCGGGUUCAAAAAGUGUCCGCAAACAAUUUUUGGUAGGCACGAAUUAUGUGUCGAGAAUUUACAACGUCAAUGACAAUGACGUGGCGAUCGAAGAGGAGGGUGAAAACGAAGACUCGAUUGAUCCGAAGUCGUCUUAUAACGACCCGUACAAUUAUGCAACCAAUUUUGACAGCGAUCAUCACCAUCAUCAUCUUCCUCGGUAUCACCGUUUCGACGAGUCGUUAAAUUCAGACGAGUGGAAGGCGUCCAGGGAAAAUUAUCUCUCCAAGAAUUUUCCCCGUCAGCAAAUUCGAGUUCCGGUGAAAAGAGGCGGCCAUAAUACCAAUCUCGAAAAAUUGUACAGGUGGUUCUACAGAAUCGGACAGGAAGCCGAAAAUCCGGAUUUUGCAAGACGGGGCUUAGUGGUCAGAUACAAAGCCAAGCCGGAGAUCAGGUGUAAAGAAUCGGCUAAAGUCCAAAGGGAUCGAUGAACGACGGUGAACUUCCGCAUCGAAGAACAGCCAAAGCAAGAAGAAGAGAUAAUCAAAAGAAUAGGAAGAGACAAGAGGACGAGGGAUGAAAAAACCACCCUGAUUUUCAUCUCUCUCUGUGUGUGCGUGUGUGUGUGAUUUUUUUUUCCUCCGUGGUGCGGCAUUAUCAUAUUUAGCGGGGUAUAUUUUUAGAGCAUGGGGAAGACGGUGAUGAUAAUGAUGAUGAUGAUGAUGAUGAUGAUGACAAUAUUGAGAAAUGAGAAUAUGCAAAGAUGAUUAUGUACCUCGGCCUCUUUGACGACCCGAGGUACUUAUAAUCCAUUUAUUCUAUGAUAAGACAGAGGAGUCCUUUCCGUCUUCAAUGCUUCCUGCCUCUCCCUUCGUCCUCUUCAUCUCCGUCUCCGUCAUCACGUCUUAUAUCCUCCUCAUUGAUUUUAUUCAACGCGCGGUUCCUCGACUAACGAGGAUCCAUAUUUUACUCCCCACCGAGUUGCCAGAUGUUAUAUGAUCUGCGCAAAGUCUCAUAAUAUAUACUUCUUUCCACUUUUUUCACUUUUAACACAAAAUUUUUAUUUUCGAAAUUUAAAUCAUCGGGUUUAAAAUCCCUUUUUUUCAUAUACAUUUUUCACAAUUGCUACACUGAAUUUUUUAUGUAAAUAUUUGUACAAAUCAGAGGGGGAUGAGGAUAGAGAAAAGAAGUUUCUAAUUUCGUGUUUUAUGGGUAUUAUCAUUAUUACACCAUCAUUGCAACCGCAUAAUCAAAAAGGUAUAUAUAAGCGAGGAUGUCUCGAGGGUGCAAAAAGAUUGAAACCCUUUUUGCGGUAUGUAUAAUUUCCUUUUGUUUCGCCUAACAAAACUGGGAUUUUAUCAUCCCCCGUAACGUUCUUCUGUUUUUUUUCCCUCUUUCCUCCCCCUCCUCUUCCCUCCAGUUCUCGGUUAUAAAUUACCUUGGCUCUUUUCGUUAUUUCGUUUUUUCCUUCUUUUACGCAAACAUUCGCAAACACACGUACAUAUAUUACAACAUGCAUAUUUAUACAGCAACGUAGGUGUUUGUCUAUCUGUAACUAAUCUUUCUUUCUUUCUUUCCUUCUUUCUUUCUUUCUUUCUUCCUUUUUUUGCAGUACAAUGAAAGACACUUUUUAUCCUCAUUAAUAUUGGAAAUGUUAUCACAAAGCCACCCCUACAGACAAACUUAAACGUUUAUGGAGGAUGUGAAUUCACCCUGCGGGCUUUCCAAUAUAAGGCUCCGAUCCCCUAAACUAUUAUCAUGUAGCUAUAGAACUAUGCGGGUAGUAUAACUGUACGACUAUAUUCGAUAUCGAUUCACCUUCUUCUUCUCCUCCCUCUCCUUCUUCAUCUCCCAUCCCCAUCGACGGUUUAUACCUAGGUAUCUCUAUCUAUUCACUCACUUACUUGCUUCCUUACUUAUCUCAGACUUGGAAAGCGUUAUCAACCGUCUCGCGAUUUAUUAACA